CUGCCUCGGAGGAUUCCGCCCGGUCCGCCCCGUCGGGGGAAGAGAGGGAGGGCUGCGGGCUGGGCGAGGCGGCGCCGUCUCGGCUUCCUCGGAGCUCCGCCUGCCCUGACGUGGCAGCAGCGGCGGCUCCAGAGAGCAGAAGCGCCCCGCCGUCGGUCUUCAGCCCAGCCGCCCCCCACUGCAGAAGCUGCCGGCCUGGGCCGUGCCUCGAUGAUGUUGCUGCUGCUGCUGCUGCUGCUGCCGUUGCUGUCCGGCUGGGCGCCGCCGCUGCGCGCCUUCGAGCUAGACCGGAGCCGCCUGGAGGGGCUGGCGCGGGGCAAAGUGGAGUCCUGCGGAGGAUGACGGCUGAACCGUCUGAAAGAGGUGAAGGCCUUUAUCACGGUGGAUCUCCCUCUAUACCACAACCUCGAAAUGAAACACCUCCCUGGAGCUGACCCUGAACUUGUGUUGCUGAAUUACAAGUAUGAAGAGCUGCAGAGGAUUCCACUGAGCGACAUGACCCGGGACGAGAUCAAUCAGCUGCUGCGGGACCUGGGAUUCUACCAGAAGGAGAAGCCCGAUUCACCAGUGCCUGAGGAGUUCCAGCACGCCCCCGCCCAGCCCUCUCCGGGCUCCGAAGAAGCCAAGAGAGACCAGGAGGCAGAGACCAAGGGGGCUGCGGGGAGUGAACUGUAGCUCUGUGGCCCCCUAAAACUCUCCGGAGGAAGAGUGUGUUGGAGCAUGUGCAGAGUGCAGCAGGAUCUGGUGGGUUAUAUGCAGGCGGAUGCCCCAAGAGCGCAGAAUAGCCAAAGAGCAUGGCAUUCGCUGCAGCAUCCAUCGCACUUUUAUUCUUUAUUUUUAGAAGUACGUUGCAGACCGCCAUGCUAGCAAAAGGGUACGUGAAAGUCUGUGGCUGAUACUUGUUGAAAAAGGAAGUCGGCUGGGGAAGGAGAGCCGGUCUUGUGGCAGCGAGCACGAAUUGUCCCCUUUGCUAAGCAGGGCCCACAUUGGUUUGAAUUUGGAUGGGUGACGACAUGUGAGCACUGUCUGCUGUAAGAUGGUCUGUAAGCUCCGUGGAAGAGCAUCUAGGCUCAUUCUCUGGCAUCUCCCAAGUAGGGCUGGGAGAGACUCCUGCCUGUAACCUUGGAGAAGCUGCUGCCAGUCAGUGUAGACAAUACUGAGCUAAAUGGACCAAGGGUCUGACUCAGCAAGGCAGAGCCUGAUGUUCCUAAUGAGAAUGGUAGCCGGCGAAGCUCUUUCAACCCUCACAUUACCAGGACAAGCAGAGGAUGCAAAACCAUGCAUGCCAAUUCAGAAAAAUCAUGCAUGCUGUAGACAGGCUGUGAAAUCCAGCUCCUCCCCUUCCAGAAUUGUAGAUUUUUUAAAAGUAACAAGAAUACACAGCCCCCCCCCCAAUUGUGCAGAUUGUCCAUCUGGAAACAGCUCCCUCUCUCUCUCUCUCUGGGCUUGGGGUGGGUAGCCCCACUCCCCCUAGAUCCCAGCCAGUCCUAGACCAGCAAAGCCCCAGACUCUCCUUCUCUCCUCCUCUGGCCAACGAAGCAUCACGAGAUCCGUUUUGCAGCUCGGCGGGGAAAACCUCCCGGCAGCCACUCCGGUUUUCUUGGGUUCAAAGCACCCGAGGCGUAGCACCCUUCCAGUCUGUGCCUGUGGGUUGUCCCGAUUUUUCUCCCACAGCUGGGCCCGACCUGCAUGGGACAGAAUGAAGCCCUCUGCCGAAAGCGCUUGCUGCCGAGGGUGGAUGGUCAGUGUCCCGUCAGGCUCGGGUGCAAGGCAUGCUGGGAGAAACGUCCAGGUCCCCCAAGCCUCAUCGGGUGUGUGUGUGUGAAAACAGUAAAGGCUCUUUUAAUCCCUG